CUUCUUGAGUACAGCAGAUCGAUUCUCCAGAAAGCUGUUCAGAGGCGAAUCCAUUGAGGUAGGAUACUGAAUUGUAUGAAGUAAGAGGGGAUGUGGACAGAGAAUGUGCAUUCAACUUGGACUUUCCGAUUCGCGAAUGAGCGGAGUCAAGAGUAUCAUAAAGUUUGAGAUUCAGAAGGACCGUUCUGUUGGCACGUGCUUCGCGGGCGGCCAGACUCCAUUCUCUGUGGUCGCGAUGCCAACACAAUAUAUAGAGAAUAUAUGCCCUGGCGGCAUUACAAUACAUGGACCACAGAGAAAGGAGCCGCCUAACAUGAACGUAGCGCCCAACCUGUAAUAAGUCAAAGCAGUCACGAGCUGUCGUAGCACGGCUAUGCAUGGCCACGUACUUGUUUUCAACCAUUUCGUAACUGAUACCUAGAUCUUGGUCGACGAUAUCUUUGCAUCCUGACACACACUUGUGCUCUCUUUUCCCUCAAUCCUCGCCUGGAGGUCGGGAAAACACUGCUGCAUGUAUUCUUCGACGGAUCUUCGACAUGGGCGCCCCGCUGGAUGACCUCAUGCGCUGGCUCACCCCUUUUGAACGCGAUAGGAGUUGGCUUGGAUGCAGGGCUAUAAAUCCAAGAUCUAUUCGCGUUUCCUCUCUCAAUGCGAAUUAUCAAAUACCGUUUUCACUUCCACAAAAUGACCAGUAUCAACGCGACCUACUUCAAAGGCUCUGAGAAGUCGGGCAUCGUCGAGACCCACGCGACGCGCGAGCCACCCAAGGGCAAAGAGGUGCUCAUCAAAAUCACGCACUCGGGGAUCUGCGGGACGGACGAGCACUACAAGACGGCGGACAUGGUGCUCGGGCACGAGGGCGUCGGGAAGGUUCUGCAGGUCGGGGACAAGGUCACUCGGUUCAAGGUCGGGGAUCAUGUUGGGUGGGGUUACAUCCACAAGACCUGCGGCACAUGCCACGAGUGCAUCACAGGCGAAGACCAGUACUGCCAGAAUAAAGAGAUGUAUGGCACGCACAACUUCCAUCAAGGCUCGUUCGGGACGCACGCCAUCUGGGAAGAAACGUUCCUCUUCUCCAUCCCCCAGGGGAUCGCACCGGAGCACGCUGCUCCUCUGAUGUGCGGCGGCGCCACCGUCUUCGAGGCUAUCGAGAAGUACAACAUUCGACCGACUGAACGUGUCGGCGUCGUGGGCGUUGGCGGUCUCGGGCACCUAGCGAUCCAGUUCCUUCGCAAGAUGGGCGCAGCUGUUGUCGUCUUCUCCUCCACGGAAGGCAAGCGCAAAGAAGCCAUGAAGCUGGGCGCGACCGAGUUCUACGCCACCAAAGGUGUGACCAAGUUCGAGAACGUCAAGCUCUUGGAUCAUCUCUUGGUGACCACGAAUUUCGUGCUUGACUGGGAGCCAUUCUUCCCCAUCAUCCGACCGAAAGGCGGGAUCUUCCCCUUCACCGUGGCGAAUAAGCUCGAGAUCCCUGCUAUGCCGAUCAUCUUGCGCGGGAUCGCCAUCCAGGGAACGGUUGUCUCGGGUCGCGCCGUCCACGAAGCGAUGCUGGAGUUCGCUGCCCGGAACGACGUUCGGCCUGUGGUCCAAUGCUUCCCGAUGACCCGCGCUGGAGUCGAGGAAGGAAUGGCCCGCCUCCGCGAUGGCAAGAUGCGAUACCGGGGAGUGCUUGUUGCCCAGUAAUCUGGCGACCUCAAUUGUAACAUCACAUUCU